AUGAAAGCUACCGCACUCCUCUGUCUCGCCGUUGCGACGGCUGCUGAAUUGGUCUCAGCUAAGCCAACCCCCGUCUACAACCAAGUCACCCUGAAGGGUUACGGUUCGUUCUACGGCACCGUCGUCAACGAAACAAUCAGCGGCAAACCUCUGGCCUCGACCGUCGAUGCUUGGUUAGGCAUUGACUACGCGAAUCAGCCCAUCGGCAACAGGCGCUUUAAGAAACCUGACUGGCCAAAGGCCUUUCGAGGCACAAAGGCUGCCACGAAGAGCGGCAAGUCAUGCAUCCAGCGAGCCACGGCAUCAGUUCCCCUGGAAAGCCAGUCGGAAGCAUGCCUUCAGUUUGAGGUGUUCAGAACCAAAGGUGUUCCGCUGGACAAGAAGCUCCCCACGCUUGUAUGGGUCCACGGUGGCGCAUUCAACAAUGGCAACCAGCAGGGUUUCGACGGCGCUGCCUUUGUCGCGAACUCGAAGGAGCCCCUAGUUGUCAUCACUUUCAACUAUCGUCUCGGCCCCCUGGGAUCACUGCCUUCGGAGCUUUUCCAGGAUGCGGACCUCCUAAACCUUGGUGUGCUGGACCAGCAGCUACUCCUGCGCUUCGUUCAGAGGUAUGCGGCGUCAUUUGGAGCCGAUCCGAAGACUGUGACGCUGGGCGGACUCAGCGCUGGAGGGCAUUCGGUUGGCAUCCACCACUUUCACAACUAUGGCACGACAGCUGGAGAGAAGCUCUUCGCCCGCGUAAUUUACGAAUCCGGUUCCGUCACAGCAAGGACCUUUCCUAACGCCACAUACCCCCUCUACCAGACUCAGUACGCCGAGUUUCUCUCGUCCGUAGGUUGCGAUGGUCAAGCACGCAGCAAGGACAUCUUCAAGUGCCUUCGCAGCGCCGACGUCGGCCGGAUCCGAGACGCCGGGUACGAUGUGUUUGCCAAGUACAAUCCCGUCAUCACCUGGCCAUGGCAGCCGGUCAAGAACGCGGCGCUCUUCGAGAAGGCCGGAUCUCAGUCUGGAUAUGACGAGACAUUCUUCCAUGUCCCCACGCUGGCGACGUCCGCAACGGACGAGGGAAAGGGGUUCAUCCCCGGGACCCUCGAGACGGAAGCCGAAUUCGUCGACUUCAUGAAGACGUCGGCCCCCGAUCUGACGGAGAACGACCUCGCGCUCCUCGUCAAGCUGUAUCCCGACCCGGCGACGGACGCGAGCUCCCCGUACACAAACUCCCCGAACAGCACGCAGUACAACCGCCUCGCCGCCGCCUGGACGGACUUUGCCUACCGCUGCCCGGUGCAAGAGACGGCAUACAGGACGUCGGCGGCGGGCGUGCCGACGUGGAAACUUCGGUGGAACACGAACAACGGCGCGCCCGCGUGGCAGGGGAUCCCGCACGCCAUCGACCGCACGUAUGCCUGGGACGAGCCCGGCACGCAGUACCCCGCGCAGGGCCGCGCGUUCCACGCCUAUCUCGCCAGUUUCGUGCUCUCCGGCGACCCGAACACGCACAGAGAUAGCAGCACGCCUGAGUGGCCUGCUUAUGCGCCAUCGGGCUACGGCGUCGAGUCGACCCCGCCCAAACAGCUUGUUGUGCAGCCUGAUGGGCCGGCUGUGGAGGAAGAUGCCGUGCGGAGGGAACAGUGCUUGUUUUGGAGGGAUCCUGAGAGGGCGCCGAGGCUGAACAAGUGA